AAAAAAAAAAAAAAAAGGUAGUAGCGUUUUUAACCUAAGAACUGGCAAUCUGGUGAAGCUUCCUUUUUUCAGAAUGUUUUCAGUUGAGUGAAAUAAAAUACGGCAGUAGCCCUCACAGGGAGAGAAGGAUUCAAACAAGGGCUUUAUUCCUUGGGUACCAAGCCAAAACCAAACUUGCUGCUGUCAAGUCAAUUCUGACUCGUAACGACCCUACAGCAAAGAGUAGAACUGCUCCAUAGGGUUUCCAUUGAGCAGCUCAUGGAUUCGAACUGCCUGCCUUUUGGUUGGCAGCCGAGCUCUUAAACACUGCACCACCAGGACUCUAGUCCUGGGGUAGUAGAGUGCUAUUGUUGCUUCCUGAACAUGAAUAUAACUUGAUAAAAUCUAUUUGGGGGAAAAAAAAAUCAGGACACCGAUGUGUAAUAAACAGUACUGUUUAAUGUAGUAUGUUUAGUUUGUUCUCUGUUUCUUUCAAGUUUCAAGAAUUGCCCCCUUAUUAUAGUACAGAUGGUUUCUUCUUUUGCUGAUUAACUUAUCCAGAGCUGCCUAAGACCUAUAUUUUACUGUUUAUGAGUUCAGUUUGAGCGAUCUGUCAGCAUCUUGUGUCUUAGAGGGCAGGAACAGCUGGGGAGGGAACAGGGUGCUUGUGUGCCUUCGUUUGAUUCUUAGGAUGAUUCUCCAAUGUAUUCCAGCAAAGGACCCGACCCUUGGAGCUGGGGAGUGAAUUCUGAUCCUUAGGGCAUAGAGCAAAAGGCCAAGAGAAACUCUGCUAAAAUGGGACAUUUCUUUGUGGGUUCAGAAUUUAUCUUGAACAUUCACACAGCUUUUAUAGUUUACUCCAUCAUAUGUUCUUAUUUCUUUUAAUAGAAAAAAAAGUCUUAAAAUACUUAGCAGUUAAAAUGUUUUGUGUUUCUCUGUGCCUAUCCUGGUAUUGCAUUGUACAGGGCUGCAACCUGUUGUUGAGAAGCUCGAACCUGCUGCAGGUCAUGUUGAUGCUAAGGUAGAGAUUUGAAUAAGGCACAGUUCUUGCAGCCAGGGAGCUCCAGUUUGUCAGGAGACAGACGUGUAAACAAAUAACUGCAGUGCAGCAGGAUUUGUGCCUUGAUGAGGUAUGAUUAUGUCCUUAAAGAUGGAAGAGCUGGACAAUUUAUGAAGUAAAAAUUACUAUUUUGGGGGGGGGUUAUGUUUGUUGCUCUUUGAUUUAGUUUUUGGGAAUGCAUUUGACAGACUUAAGACUUUCUUUGGUACCAGGAUUUUUCCUUACUAGUCUAUGGUCUCUACCGCCAUCAAAAUUACUUUUAGAAGAUAUAAAUCCUAUCCUGUUAUUGCCCAGCUUAAAGUCAUCUGGCUGUCUCUGACUUCUCUAGCCUUAUUACUUGUCAUCCCCAGCCCCCAAACUGAAUGACUUGCGUAUAUACUUAUUUCCCUUUCUUGCUUCCUUGCCUUGACUCCUUGGUUUGUCUGGCUAACUGACACUCAUCCUUACUCAGCUGAGAGGUGAGUAACUGGGUAACACCCUUCCUGAUCUCACUUCUCCUUUCCCCUCGUAUCUCUUCUUUCUAUUGAGUAGAGAUACCCCUCCAAAGAGUCCUUAAAUAGGGGCCUGUCACCAGUCCUCCCUUAGUUUCCUGUUCAUGCCUUUAUUAGAGCAAGCAAUGGUUAAGAGCUUGUCUGCUAACCGAAAAGGUUGGCAGUUCAAGUCCUUGGAAACCUUAUGGGAUAGUUCUACUCUGUCCUGUAUGGUUGCUAUAAGUUGGUGUUUUUUGUUUUUGUUUUUGCGUUUGUCUGUGUUUAGCUGUUGGUUUGCUUAUGUGUUUGCUUCACCAGGCCUGGCUUCAUUAGGCCAGGGAGUGGGUAGUGUUGGUGCUUCUUUUCAGUGCCAGUCCAUCCAUCACGACCACAUUUGUCAUGAUGACAGUGACAAGAUUUCUCCCGGGGCCAAUUCAGCACCUCUACCUGGCCAUCCUAACAAGGUGAUUUGUGAAAGGGUGAGACUUCAGAGCCUGUUCCCUCUCCUCCCAAGUGAUCAGAACACUACCGUUCAAGAGGAUGCUCACUUCAAAGCUUUCUUCCAGAGUGAAGAUAGUCCAAGUCCCAAGAGACAGCGCCUCUCUCAUUCAGUCUUUGAUUAUACAUCAGCAUCACCAGCUCCCUCACCACCAAUGCGACCAUGGGAGAUGACAUCAAAUAGGCAGCCCCCUUCAGUUCGACCAAGCCAACAUCACUUCUCAGGGGAACGAUGCAACACACCUGCACGCAACAGAAGAAGUCCUCCUGUCAGGCGCCAGAGAGGAAGAAGGGAUCGUCUGUCUCGACAUAAUUCCGUUAGCCAAGAUGAAAACUAUCACCAUCUCCCAUAUGCACAGCAGCAAGCAAUAGAGGAACCUCGAGCCUUCCACCCUCCGAAUGUAUCCCCUCGUCUGUUACAUCCCGCUGCUCAUCCACCACAGCAGAAUGCAGUAAUGGUUGACAUACACGAUCAGCUCCAUCAGGGCACAGUUCCUGUUUCUUACACAGUAACAACAGUGGCACCACAUGGGAUCCCACUCUGCACAGGCCAGCACAUCCCUGCCUGCAGUGCACAACAAGUCCCCGGAUGCUCUGUGGUUUUCAGUGGACAGCACCUCCCUGUCUGUAGUGUGCCUCCUCCAAUGCUUCAGGCAUGUUCAGUUCAGCACUUACCGGUACCAUAUGCUGCGUUUCCACCCCUUAUUUCUAGUGAUCCGUUUCUUUUACAUCCUCCUCACCUUUCUCCACACCAUCCUCCUCAUUUGCCACCACCAGGCCAGUUUGUCCCUUUCCAAACACAGCAGUCACGAUCGCCUCUGCAAAGGAUAGAAAAUGAGGUAGAGCUCUUAGGAGAACAUCUUCCAGUAGGAGGUUUUACUUACCCUCCAUCAGCCCACCCGCCAACAUUACCUCCAUCAGCUCCUUUGCAGUUCUUAACACAUGAUCCUUUGCAUCAGGAGGUGUCCUUUGGAGUACCUUAUCCUCCAUUUAUGCCUCGGAGGCUCACAGGACGUAGUAGAUACAGAUCCCAGCAGCCAAUACCACCCCCCCCUUAUCAUCCCAGCCUACUACCAUAUGUGCUAUCAAUGCUUCCAGUGCCACCUGCAGUGGGCCCAACUUUUAGCUUUGAAUUGGAUGUGGAAGAUGGAGAAGUAGAAAAUUACGAGGCCCUGCUAAACCUGGCAGAGCGACUAGGAGAGGCUAAGCCUCGAGGACUUACUAAAGCAGAUAUUGAACAGCUUCCUUCUUAUCGGUUCAAUCCUAACAACCACCAGUCAGAACAGACUUUGUGUGUAGUAUGCAUGUGUGAUUUUGAGUCAAGGCAGCUACUUAGAGUCUUACCCUGUAACCACGAGUUCCAUGCCAAGUGUGUCGACAAAUGGCUUAAGGCAAAUCGAACUUGCCCAAUUUGCCGAGCUGAUGCUUCAGAAGUGCAUCGGGAUUCAGAAUGACCAACCUAAGAGCACAAAUUUAGUUUGGGUGUUCCUUAUCACAUGUAUAUACGGACUAGCCAUUGAACUUAAUCUGUGUGGCUUCCAGCCCUCCCUUUACCAAAAGGGUCAAUGGACCUUUCUUUGCACUGUGUGACUUAAUCAACUAUAAAAGCUUACAAUUAGUCUUCACAAUUAUGGGAUUGUUAUACUAACCGUGUGAUUGGAACUCCAAAGACUUUCUUUAGCUUAAUUUUGUGUGUGCACUAACAUUCCCUGGUUUUUGUGUGAUCAUUCCGAGUGUUGCUGCAAGAUUACAGUGGACGUGAUCUUUUAGCAUGUGCUUUUAUAAAAAGUGGUAGCUCCAGAUGAUAUAGCAAUCUACCUUAUAUAGAGCCUUCAGAAACUGUGAGUGGAAAUGAAUGCAGUGUAUGCCUGUUGGCGAUAAAUGUCUCUGUGUGAGAGAGAGAGAAGGUGUGUGCACCUACUUGUAUGAGGGCAUGGUAGCUAAUGUGUGUAUGAGAUCCUAUAUACCAGCAUGUACCAAGAAUGUGUGUGUAGUUUUAAUUAUGCUGCAAUGUAUAAUCUGGUGUGUUAUUUAAACAGCACUAGUACUGUACACUGGUUUUUUCCCCUUGUGUUUGCUGUUGCACACUGAUUGCUAAGGGUGCAUCCAUUAUAAGCAUUGAAUACUCCAUCCUCUCCUGCCCCCCAGUGAAUGGAAUGAGAAAAGCCUUCUUCCUUUGCUUUAGGCAGCUGUCACCUUCUCUUCGUUGGUGGUCCUGAGUGGGUCACUUAAGAAAAAAAGUGUAACAGAUUCUCACUCCAUGAACCUGAUUUUUUUAUUCUGUUGUGAAAAAUUUUUUUAAAUCUCCAACUUGCUGUUUCCAAAAAGAAGGUGCAAUAUCAUACGUCAUCAGUUAGCAAUAUUAGCAUUUCAGUCAAUGAUUUGAAUGUUGAUACUUGUUUUUCCUUUACAUUUCCAGUAAGCUUGUUACAGAAAGUACCUGUGAUUUUUGUUCGUUUGUUUAGAUUUGUAGUCUAUUUUGAAGAUAUUUGAGUAAUAUAUUUCUAAGAACACCACUGGUCCCCUGAAGUCUCCCCUCUUGGACUUCUAGAACAGCAUCUGUUCACUAACUCAGCUUGACUCCUGAGAUGUGAUCUUUGUUCAUGCUCCCAUAGACAACUCAAUUGAUUUAAGAAAACUGUAUUUCUUUUUCUAUUAAUUCACCUGCCAAGCUCCAAUUGUGAAAGUCAUCUAGUUCUUCUUCCCUCAGCAAAUGUGCUUCUCGUCGAAACCCUGGUCUCCAGGAUGGAUCAAGUGCUGUGACGGCUCAUGUUCCUUAGACCUGAUUUGCUUUGACAUUUUACUGUUUUUCAUUUAAAUUUUUGUUUGAGAAAAGUUUAAUACAACAGGUGUCCAGAAUACUUGCAGUAUAAAUGAAGAUUUGAUUUUUGUAUAAAAAAGAAAUAAUGCUGUAAAACAGGAAUUGACCUUCAUUUAGUUGAUCUGACAUAUUACAUAGCUGUGUGUGUGUUUUUUUUAAUAGGUUCAUUGAGUAUAAUUCAGAUUGCUUAAAGUCAUUUUUCACCAGCAGUUAGACUGUUCUCACUCUGUUGGUGUGUUCAGCAUCGUCUGCCUCUGCGUGAUGCCAUUGCUUUGUUUGCAGUAGCACAAGCUGUGUAAUUCCAGGCGGGACUGUGAUGACUUGCUGCCAGCCUCACUCUGCUUUCAGUUGGCUCUGUGUCGGUUUUCUCUCCAGACAGUGUUAACUACUCGUUACUGCCAUGCUGCUUGCCCUCCCUUGGAGCCUGUAUAAGCUCAUCGCAGCCUAGAGUUCAGUAAAGUCAAUUCACACGGAAGCACAAUUUUGCCCUUUUCCAGACACUGUUGCCACUGCCUAGUUACACAAAUAGGCUUUUGCGUGCUUUGUGUUUGCCCAUAGAUUUGUCAGUGUAUCAGAAGUACAUCUUAACGGUGGUGAAAUGCACAUGCUAUUUUUAAAUCAGUAGGAUAGCCCCACCUGCUCCUGAUGAAUAAAAACUGUGUUAAAGACCAAAAUUAUUGGCAUAAUAAUCAGCUACAUACAAAUCACGUAUAGUUUUAAUCUUUAUUUUUUUUAAUUAAAAAAUCAUGUUUAAAAUGGCAAAGGCCCAUCUUUACAUAGAAUUUUAUAUAGCUUCAAAAAAUUUCUAUCUGUACAGAUCUAACAUAACACUACUACACUCAGUAUUCAUUUUAUUGAAGCAUGCAAGUAAAGCACUUUUUCUAAUUUAUAUAGAGAUACCUACUUACCAAGGCACAUUGUACUAAUGACUAGGAAAAGUAGCUUUUUCUUCCCUCCCUCCAAUUGAAUUCUUGUCCUAGUGUUCCUUUUCCAGUAAAUUUUCGAGAGGCAGUUGGCAAUUUAGGAGGCAGCAGGAUCUGUUUUGGUAAAAUCCUAAGUUUAAUUGUUGCACUCUUGUAACUGAUAUCUCUUUGGGAAGGUCUUUUCUUUGCAUGGGACUCUUAGAGACAUGUGCAGCCUUAGGAAGUGGUUAGUGCGUAGUAGGAGCACACAUGCAUGUGUUCUGAACCAGCUCAGACUAGCCACGGAGAGCAUAGCCACAGUGAGCAACUUCGUGGCUAGCAAAAGAGGAAGAAUAAUUGAUUCAUGCCUGACUGCCUUCACGUAGGUGCCGCACCAGAUAGCAGGCAGAUGUUGGUUUGCUGCCUUCCUCCUCUUUUCUUGUAAAACAAUAUUGGCUUUACCAUCUUAACUCUGCUGUGGGUUUUUUUGGUUUUGUUUUUUUGUGUAUGAAUUGUCAACUUUGAUUUUUUUUUUAAUCCCACCACCCUCCCCCCCACACCCCCCCCCAAAAAAGGUCAAGGCCUCCAGGUAUUAAGAUCUCAUAUUAGGAUUUUCUGUCCUGAAUUUUUUUUUUUUUUUUAAAGCAAAUUCUGGAAAAUGUGAAUGCUUAUUUAGAUUUUAUACACUCUGAAAUAUGAUUUAUUAAGAUUUUUAAAUUUGGGCCUCUUGUAAUAUUUUGAAUGAGAUCUACCAGCUCACAAGAAUAUUUUUCACAGAUAUCUUUAGGCCUUCAUUAGGAAACCAUUUUCCCCCCGUUGGUACAUUUGGUUACCUCAUUUUGCUGUUUGUUUCAGAUUACGAAAGCUUACAGAGGUGUUUUUGAAAUCAUUUGCUGAGUCAUUGUCUCAAAUCAUAUUCCAUUGUAUCAGUUAACAUAUAGUUUUAAAUGUACGUAUUAUAAAUACCUGUAACCAAAUCAUUUGAAGGCUUGGUAAAUUUUUAACAAAGUUUGUACAUUUUUUAUGAAAGUUACUAGUAAUGCUUUACUAAGUAGUGCAAUGAAUUUUUAUUUUUAAUCCCUGUGCCCAAUUUUGGAGUUGAGAGGGUUGUUGGUAAUAAAUGUAUGAUGUACACUUAAAA